UGAGUCUCUACCUCUUUACCUCUCUCACUCAUCUCACCCAUCGCUCUUUCUCACACACUUGUGACCCACCUACGCCAGAUCUACAAUGGCCUUUUCCGGCAAGUACGAGACUGAGUCCCAGGAGGGGUACGAUGCCUUCUGCAAGAUCAUGGGUAUUCCUGAUGACGUCAUUGAGAAAGGUCGUGAUUACAAACUGGUGACUGAAGUGGUCCAGAAUGGUGAUGAGUUCACCUGGACCCAGCACUAUCCUGCAAACCACUCGGUCUCCAACAAAUUUGUCGUCGGCAAGGAGAGUGACAUGGAGACUAUUGGUGGAAAGAAGUUCAAGGCCACGGUUUCCAUGGAUGGGGGCAAACUUAGUGUACAGUUUCCCAAUUACCAUCACACAUCUGAGAUCAGUGGUGGAAAACUAAUUGAGAUCUCAACCACAGGCUCUAUCGUCCUCAAGAGAAUCAGCAAGAAGAUUUAAUUCAUGUUACAGUAUCACUGUUAUCCUGUGUACCACUGGUAACCUCAAACUUGUACUAUGAAUUAAAAUGCAAAAUAACUUCA